CUUCUCCUCCUCCUCCGCCCUCGUCCUGCUCGGGGAUUGUUGUUCGCGGCGCAUCUUGGACUUCUCUGGCUCUCGGAGGAGGCCGUCCAGGGCAAGCGGAGUUUCUCCUCCUCUGUGUACACACCUCAGCGCCCCGUGUGUUUGUGUGUGUGUGUGUGUGUGUGUGUGUGAGAGAGAGAGAGGGAGAGAGAGAGCGCCUUGUGAGUGAGUCACUAGCGGGAGCCGCUGCAAGCGAGCAGAGAGGAAAGAGCCCCGCAGCACUCACUGCCCCAAUGCCGCCGCUGCCUUAACUAGCUGAGGAAGGGAAGAGAAUAUGGCAUGCAGCUGCAUUCAAAUACAAAGCAAGAAGAACUGCAGUAUAUUGACCCACUGAAUAUUACAAUGAGCAGUACUGGAACUAGCCCAAUGUCAGGUGGUCCAUCAAGCAGUGGAAGAGGGAGUGGGAAGUCAACAAACUUUACUCUUGAACUGCAGAGUAUGAUGUUUUCUUUAGGAGAUGCUCGGAGGCCUCUACACGAAUCAGCAGUAUUGGUGGAAGAUAUAGUCCAUACCCAGCUGAUUAAUUUGUUGCAGCAAGCCUCUGAGGUCUCUCAGAUGAGAGGAGCCAGAGUCAUCUCCGCAGAAGAUCUUAUCUUUUUGAUGCGUAAGGAUAAGAAAAAGCUUAGAAGGCUGCUGAAAUACAUGUUUUUCCGUGACUACAAAUCUAAAAUUGUCAAAGGCAUUGAAGAGGAUGAUCUUCUUGAAGAUAAACUCAGCAGCAGCACCAACAAACGUCAGAAAAUUGCUCAAGACUUUCUUAUCUCUAUUGAUCAGACUGGGGAACUCUUAGCCCUGUUUGAAGAUGAUGAGAUUGAUGAUGUAAAACAAGAGAGAAUGGAGAGGGCAGAAAGGCAAGCACGAAUGAUGGACUCAACACAAUAUGCAGAAUUCUGUGAAAGUCGUCAACUAAGCUUUGCCAAGAAAGCAUCCAAAUUCCGGGACUGGUUGGACUGUAGCAGCAUGGAAAUAAAACCCAAUGCAGUUGCCAUGGAAAUUUUAGCUUAUUUAGCCUAUGAGACUGUGGCACAGUUGGUGGAUCUAGCCCUUUUGGUCAAGCAGGACAUGACUAGCAAAGCUGGGGACCCUUUUAGCCAUGCAAUAUCUGCUACUUUCAUUCAGUAUCACAGUUCUGCUGAGAUGCAUGUUUUAGGACAGACUGCAAGUGUAAAGACCAGCCCAGAAUCUCCUGAAAAUACACCACCCGCAACACCCAACCCUCCAUCAGCAGGUCCACAGCAUAUUGGGAAAAUUCCAUCCGGAACCAUAGGAAAUGGCAGCAUUGGACAAGAUUCCUCCAAAAUCAAACAACGAAAGAGGAAAAAAAGUACGGCAGCUUGUGGCCCAGAGGCCCAGAGUGAUGCCAUCCAGCCUGCCCACAUCAGAGAGGCCAUUCGACGCUAUGGCAACAAGAUUGGGCCCCUUUCGCCAUUCUCAAGUGCCUACCGCAGAAAUGGGAUGACUUUUCUUGCUUGCUAAUGUGGAUGUGGCUACAGCAACAGGAAAGACAGUGUUACAUCAAGGUGAUUCCCAUCCUCCCAUCCCUUCAUUGAGGGGCAAAAAUAAAUGUUAAGAAACCCCAACCAUCUGAAUGUGUACUUUUCAGUAGGCUGGCUUGUUGUGACUAUAUGAGCCAGCUGACUGUCUCUUUUUCCAACCUUCUCAAUUGUAACUUUUGUCUUCUAAACAUAACAUUGGGCUAAUUAAUAGCAGGAAGUUUGGCACAUUGUGUAGGUGGAUGGGAAUGCAGUCCACAUGAUGUUGGACAUUUUACUGCAAUGUCAGCCCACCUUUCUAAACUUAAAUGUUCUAAGAUUGUUAUUAUAAUGUAUGUUUUUGUUGUUCUUAAUUUUAGUUGAUUUCCAUCUCAACUUUCAUAAAAGUGGUCAGAUAGAAGUCUCCACAUUGAUGAUUUAUUUUCUGUGUAUUAAACUGCAACAAAUUGUGUUUCCUUGUUUCAUAAUCAUUAAAAUAUUUUUGUAGGGUGAUGAUUGGUGAAUUUUUGUUAAACUGGGCUUAUAAAGUUCACCGCCGUUCAAUGUAAUUUGAAAAUGACAUGCAUUCUAUGAGUUUUGAGCUAUCCUUAAUAUAAAAUGGUAGUUUAGCUCUGAUUUUGCUGGACAACCAUCACCCCUUAGUUGUCAUCUACAAUAUGGAAAUAAUAGUAGGGGUCUUUACUGUGUUUUUGGUAAGGAAAUAAUUAAAAAAAAUUCUAUCAGAGUAUUGUUACUGCAUUAUGAGAUAUUAACUACUAAAUAAAUCCACCUAUAAGACUAAAGCACCCACUCAAAGUAGCUAAUACCAUACAAAAGCAAGUCAGUCUGGUGCUCCUCUGUGUUGAGUGUGCUUGGAUUGUUUAUAAUUUAUUUAUUAUUGGAUUUUUAUCCCGCCCUUCUAGACAGGAGUCUACUCAGGGUGGCUCACAA